ACCUUUUUUUUUACUCAAAUUAAAGGUACAAACUUUAAUUGAUAGAGUAUUUCAUAAAAUCAACCACUUUAGUUUUUCUCAAGUCUAGUACAGUAGUACCACAACAAAACUGUGAACUAAACACCACACGCUACAAAAGCGCGUGAGUUUCCAACAUACAGUACUUAGCAUAAUUGUUAAUUACCAUAACAACCUAAGACAUAGCUGAGUCGAAAUCGGAACAACAUAGAAAAAAAAGUAAAACAGAGUCAAAAUUGUUGUCUUUGUGUUAGAUUUUUAAGAAAUGGCAAAAAUUGAAGAAGAACCAUCAUCAUCAUCAUCGAUGCAACAACAACAUCAAGCACCUUCAUCAUACAUGUUCCUAUUGAACAUAAUGAGCAAAAGAAGAACAUGGGCAUGUCUAUUUUUCCUUGUUUACGGUACCCUUUUAACUUCUUCAUGGAAUUUUCUAAAAUCAAUGCUUUCUUGGUACAAUUUACAAGCUCAAUCAUCAACAUCUGGUUGGCCUGCAAUCUAUGCAUCUGUUCUUCUUGGUACUGUUUUUGGGUUACUUUCUAUGGUUGCUGCUUUGGUUGUUAUGGUUCCUGCUGUUUUAGUGACAUGGAUAACCAUAGUUGUUUUGUUGGCUUUUUUUGGAAAGCCUAAGAGGACUUUGGUUGUUGAAGGUAGAAAGAUUACUGGUGAAAUUUUCAGUUUUGUUCUUAAGAUUUUGCUUACUGAAGGGAAUGUUGUUGCUGCUGUUUGUGCUGUUUUAGGGUAUUUUGUUUUGGUUAGAAGGAAUAGUGAAUGAUUCAUUUGAAUUUGGUGGAUUUGUUGUUAACUAGUUGGUUUUGAUUUUUAGGGGAUUUUGGAUGAUAGGGUUUGCAAAUCAUGCUAUAGCUGGUGGUGGUGGGUGUGAUUUGGUAAAGUGUCUUAAUUAAUCUCUUUUGUUUUGUUUUGUUUUGUUUUGUUUUGUUUUGUGACAUAGAUUAGUAGGAGAAUCAAAUUACAUAGUUGAAAUUAAUCAAACUUGAAAAUGUUGUUUAGAUGCUAAUCUUGUUUCUGAUUCAUGGUAAAUCCAAGUGUUUUAGAUUAAUUAAUUUCAUGAAUUACUUACAA